AUGGAAGAAGCACUCAAGGUGGAAUAUUUAGCUGAAGAGGACCCACGAUCUCUUUGGGUCGCUCUAGAAGAGCGAUUCAACCAUCAAAGAGCCAUCUACUUGCCGGAAGCAAGACACGAUUGGCAGAACAUACGCUUCCAGGAUUUCAAGACUGUCAAUGAGUAUAACUCUGAAAUCUGCCGGAUUCGGUCACUCCUAAAAUUCUGUGGAGAAGAGCUCACAGAAGCUGACCUACUGGAGAAAACUUUCUCCACCUUCCCUCCUUCCUGUAUGGUCCUGCAGCAACAAUACAGGGAAAGAAACUUUGCUAGAUUCUCUGAAUUAAUCACCAUCCUGUUGCUCGCUGAAAAGAACAACAACCUACUUUUGAGGAAUGAUCAAGCAAGGCCCACCGGUACUAGAGCAAUUCCUUUGCCUGAAGCAAAUAUUAUUGCCCAUCACGAAAAUAAUCGUGGAAGGAGGAACCGGGGCCGUGGAAGGGGAAGAAGGUCUGAACGUCCAAGGCAUGGACGAAGAAAUGGACCCAGAAAUGGCCCAUAUGACCGCGACCACCCAGGCAAUGGCCCAAGGGGUCGAGGAGGACGUGGACAAGGCCCACGUGGUGGAAACCGAAAUGCCCAAGUCCGACAGGCUCAAAUUAGAGAGAACCCUGGUCCGGCCCGUCGCCCUCAAAAUCAGCAUAAUCUAUGUUAUAGAUGUGGAGGCACUGACCAUUGGUCCCGCACCUGUCGUGCAACAGAUGAAGAGAUAGGAGAGUAUCACGCCAGACGCGGAACUCAAGAGGCCAACCUUGUGGAAGAGUCAGUCCCUAUGGAUACCACCUUGGAGAUUACUGAUUUCCAAGCAGCUAUGGAUACCACCUUGGAGAUUACUGAUUUCCCUAUGGAUACCACCUUGGAAAUUACUGAUUUCCAAGCAGCUAAUGGAUACAUCGAGGAUUGA